UAUAUAUGCUCUACAGGGACUGGGAAGUCCUCUCUCCCCCCAGAGAAAAUUGUCUUCACUGCACAAGAAAUAAUGGUCUAGUGUCUGUCACCUCAAGGGAAAGCAUGUCCCUGUUGGCAGAGGACUUAGAAGAGUCUUUGGCGUCUUCCAUUGCUGGACCCAGCAAUGAGAGUAUAGUGUUUGAGACCUCCAUGAAGAAGGAAACUAUAGCACAGGAAGAUAAGACGAAGCUACUGAAAGCUGCUUUUCUGCAGUACUGCAGGAAGGAUGUAGGUCGUGCUCAAAUGAUGGUUGAUGAGCUGUUUUCCUCUCGUUCUGACUUGGGUUCUGAUUCUGAACUAGACAAGGCUGUGACCCAGAUCAGUGUGGACUUGGUGGAUGACUACCCAGCUUCUGACCCUCGGUGGGCAGAGUCUGUCCCUGAAGAGGCCCCCGGGCUCAGCAAUACCUCGCUGAUCAUUCUCCACCAGCUAGAGGACAAAGUGAAAGCCCACUGCCUCCUCGUAGACUUUCUUCACCACGUUGGCUUGUUCGAGCGUCUGGGUACUUCUCCAGUCAGAGGGACACUGAUGGCAACCCGGCUCCUGCUCUGCGAACAUGCAGAAAAGCUGUCAGCUGCCAUCGCUCUCAAGAACCACCACUCACGUCUGCCAGACCUUGUGAACACAGCGAUCCUGAUGGCCUUGAACAAGAGGGAUUGUGAGGUCCCAUCCAGCCUGACCCCCGCUGAUGUGUUCUUUCGCGAGGUGUCUCAGGUGGACACUGUCUGCGAGUGUCUGCUGGAGCACGAAGAGCAGGUCCUGAGGGAUGCACCACUGGACUCGGUCGAAUGGGCGGAGGUGGCCAUCUCUGUCAAUACCAUCCUCAAGGAUAUGCUGCAGGCUGCUACUCAUUAUCGCCAGAAUAGAAGUUCCAUGUAUAGGCAAGAGGAACCAGUAGGGAAAGAACCUGAGUAUGUUCCAUGGACAGCCACAAGUGGUCCUGCCGGCAUCCGAACAGCAAUUGUGCGCCAGCAUGGAGUCAUCCUGAAAACAGUGUACCCACAGGCGGAUAGCAAUCUCCGAAACAUUGUGACAGAGCAGCUGGUGGCAUUGAUUGAUUGCUUCCUGGACGGUUAUGUUUUGCAGCUGAGGUCUCUAGACAAACCCAGCAACCAGGAAAGAUACACCAAUCUAGAAGUAGAGUACCUGCAGAAAAGAUCAGAUCUCCUUUCCCUUCUACUCACCUCAGGUCAGCAUGCAUGGGCUGCCUCUCUAGCAGAGAAGUACUGUGAUUUUGAUAUUCUCGUACAGAUGUGCGAGCAGACGGACAACCAGGCCAGACUCCAGCGUUACAUGACUCAGUUUGCUGACCAGAAUUUUUCAGACUUUCUCUUCCGUUGGUAUCUGGAGAAAGGAAAGCGGGGUAAAUUAUUGUCUCAGCCCAUUUCUCAGCACGGACAGUUGGCCAAUUUUUUGCAAGCCCAUGAACAUCUCAGUUGGUUACAUGAAAUUAAUAGCCAAGAAUUAGAAAAGGCUCAUGCCACACUUCUGGGCUUAGCAAAUAUGGAAACUCGUUACUUUGCAAAGAAAAAGACCCUUCUUGGCUUGAGUAAAUUGGCUGCACUAGCUUCAGACCUAUCAGAGGAUACAUUGCAAGAGAAAAUUGAAGCAAUGGCUGAGCAGGAGCGCUUCCUGCUGCACCAGGAAACCCUGCCCGAGCAGUUGCUCUCAGAGAAGCAGUUGAGUCUCAGCGCCAUGCCUGUGUUGACCGCACCGCAGCUCAUUAGCCUGUACAUAUGUGAAGAAAACAGAAGAGCUAAUGAAUAUGAUUUCAAGAAAGCUUUGGACUUGCUGGAAUAUAUUGAUGAGGAGGAAGAUGUAAAUAUAAAUGAUCUGAAACUGGAAAUCCUUUGCCGAGCGCUACAGAGAGAUAACUGGUCCAGUUCAGAUGGUAAAGAUGAUCCAAUCGAAGUGUCUAAAGACAGUGUAUUUGUGAAAAUCUUACAGAAACUUUUAAAAGACGGCAUUCAGCUCAAUGAGUACUUACCAGAGGUGAAGGACCUGCUGCAAGCAGACCAGCUUGGAAGCCUCAAAUCCAACCCGUACUUUGAGUUCAUUUUGAAAGCCAAUUAUGAAUAUUAUGUCCAAGGAUAAAUGUAACAUUUUCUAAAAAUGAUCGUUUGUAAGAUUUGAAUAAAACGUGCUUAUAAAAACGUUUGGCCUUAGCUGGGGGUGAUGGGGUGGUAGUGCAUACCUGUAAUCCCAGAAGGACUGUCAGUUUGAGGCUACCCUAGGCUACUUAGC